AUGGCAUACGUAGCACAGAAAGAGCGCGGUUGGACGAAGGGAUUGGUGAGAUUCAUUCCCCUGGCCGUGUUGAGGGGUCGAUAUUGCGUAGAAGACUCCCUAGUAAAACCAAUAGUAUUGUUAAACCGCAUCAUGCUGUUGGCCGGAAUCAGUUUGCCGCAGGCGCGAGAACAAGUUCAUUCUAAUGAGAAAGUGACUGGUAGCAGUACAUGUCGACAGCAACGCGCUGACGAAUAUACUACCACGAAGAGCCUCUCAUGGACACGGAACAUGAAAUCACAAAGGCUUGUGAUAGAUUCUCAGACAGACGCUGCUUAUUGUUUUGAGCCCAGACUCCUCCCAUGGUCGCAUGAGCCCGCGCUUGUCAAUGGCAUGAUCGAGGAGGGAGACUCCAAGCUGGAGGUUCCAUUGACGAAUACAAAAUCGCGCAUGGCAGCGAAUUAUUCACCAGUUGAUCUCGAAAUUUCACCACGCCUGCAGACCCACUUUGCAGCUCUGGGUAGAAUGGCAGGGCCUGCCUCUCUUUCCCCGAAUACUCAAGCUGUAGGUAGCGGUAGUACCAUGUUGGAUUAUGUGGUGCCGAACCUUCGAAACAUCAUACAAGCUCUUGAUAUCAUUCACAGCCCAGCUUCAACCAACGCCAUCCGUCAACAAGCUUCCGAAUUCCUCGAAUCUCAGAAACAUGCAAAGUCAGCUGCUGAUACUGGCUAUGCAUUGGCAAUAGAGAAGAUUGAUUCUCCUAUUCUUCGCCAUUUCGGUCUGUCAUUACUUGAGCAUUUUCUACGGCAUAACUAUUCACGUUUGUCUGAGGAAGAACAGGAAAGUGCCAAAGGGAAAAUCAUCCUUUUGGCAAAAUCGAUCAGUCCCCAGGAUGAGUCAUUUAUCGGCAACAAAGUGGCGCUUGUAUGGGUAGAAGGAGCAAAGUGUAGCUGGGGCGCUGGUAAAUGGACGGAGAUGGACGCCGAUUUGAUUCAGAUAUGGAAUAUGUCUUGGGCACAUAAGAAACUAGUCCUUUCGAUUCUAGAAACUCUAUCCGACGAUAUUUUUAAUCACGAAGAUAAAACUUCGUCAUCCCACGAAACUCCACUCCAUCGCGCACUUGUUGAAAUAGUUCCGCCUAACUCAGUCUUUGAAGAAUUGCAUCCCGGGAGAGAUCACCACACUGAGCUACGCUAUCGUAGCCACGGCAGCCGUGGGUGGCUUUUCAUGACAUGCGACCUUUUGAGCGAAUGCCUAAAUAACAUCCAAAGCUCACGCGAAGCCAAAAUAUGCGCCAUACAAGCACUAGCGACCUUGCGAUCACUAAUGUUGUGGUCGAAUCCUUUGGCAAUAUCGAGAGCUAUGUGUGUCGAAAUGAUUUACAAAGCAUUAGUGGUCCAGGACGAUGAUAUUAUUAUGCUGAUAUCGUAUAUUGCCGGAUUCCUUGAGGAGAAGAACUUCGAUUUCCAUAAGGAUAUCGAUUUGGCAACAUUCUUUCCAUUCCUCAUGAACAUCCUUCAACACCCCAGUCUGACUGUGUCGAUACCCAUACUCCAUUCAUGGUCCAGACUACUAGCGUUGAGCAAAAUCACAGGCUUGGAUGUAAUCCACAGACUUAUCGCGCCAAUACUUGAAACAUGCACUCAACGUCUUGUGCGCUACGAAACUCUGCCCGAAGAUACUGAUGACCCGACGAUUAUAUUUCUAAACGAGGACAUCGACACCAUACCGGAGAGGCAUGCAUUCGUUGGGAACUACCGGCGAUACUGUGCUCAAACAAUUGAACUAAUAGUGUAUCGAUGCCCACAUGACGCGAUCCCACAUAUUCUCGCCCGAGCAAAUUACGUCUUGAACAAUCUAUAUAAUGCAGCCGCUCCUUUCAAUCCUGCAACCUUUAAAAAACACUCCCUGCCUUUGUUGCAAGCGGAUACUCAGUUCACUGUCGUUGAGGCUACCCUAAGGGGCUUCAGCAAAUGGGUGGAGGCGCAUGGAAACUCUCCACAACAGGAUGAACAACAACGACUUGGACUGGAAAGUUCUUUAGAGUCGUGGGCGCUCAACUUAAUGCAAAAGAAUUUUCAAGUAAGGACUAGAAUAUCCUGCCUACUCCGAAGCUGUGAAGGAACUCCACAAUACGGCUACAUACGAAGUACGGCGGUUGACCAUACGCUAUGCCGAUUAUUUUUCGAACAAAAAAUUCGGGAGAUUGUUUCGAUGUCCAGCGCGGAAGACAAGCCCCAAAUGGAGCUUUCUUCGAUCCUUCUCAUCAUUAUGCAACGGGCGCCGCAGGUGGACCCUACUCUACGGCAGUCUCGACUACGAUUGUUUAUUGAACCCAUUAUACAAUCAUGGAGUAGCGGGGAGUUCAGGCAAAUUUCAGCAUCCUUCGGGGGGUUCUGUCAACUGCUUGGAUUAGACCAAAUUUGGCCAUAUCUACAGCGUGUCCAAGCCCAGAAAGUGGAGGACUGGUCCAUGAUACCUUUGGAUGAGGAGGGGAGGAAGAUACAAGCCCACAUGACAUCAAAAUUCCAGGUACUACGCCAUGAGCUCACACCAUCAUCAAAAGGACUUCGAUUAACAUCCUUAGCAACUGCCGCUGCGAAUGACGAAAACAAUGCUAUCGGUAUCCACAGAAAAGCUACAAACCACCGACCCAGCAUACUUAAUUGCGUGCGAUUUAUGGCGCGACUCAAUCCCCCUUAUUCUCCCAACAUUGCUCCAGCUUUUGAGAAAAUUGUCCUGGACUACCACAAGAUAUGGCCCCACUUGUUGGACGGAUCCUCACAGAUCGGUUUUGGCAAGCUGGUAUCUCAAGUGGCAGCAAAGAAGAUUUCUAUGCGCGCAUAA